AUGAAAUAUUUAACGGUAAUUGUAACAUUAUUGUUACAAAUUAUAGCAGUUUCAAAUGCUGAACAUACUAAUAACUGGGCAGUUUUGGUAUCUACGUCGAGAUUUUGGUUUAAUUAUAGACAUAUGGCCAAUGUUUUAAGUAUGUACAGAACGGUUAAAAGACUGGGUAUUCCUGAUUCUCAAAUUAUUCUGAUGCUAAGCGAUGACGUCGCUUGUAACUCCAGGAAUUUAUUCCCAGGUAGUGUCUUCAAUAACAAGGAUCAUGCGAUCGACCUAUAUGGUGAUAACGUUGAAGUCGAUUAUAGAGGUUAUGAAGUUACAGUGGAAAAUUUCAUCAGAUUAUUGACAGAUAGAUGGUCUGAAGAUCAACCAAAGUCUAAAAGAUUAUUGACUGAUGAAAAUUCAAAUAUUUUGGUGUAUAUGACUGGACAUGGUGGUGAUGAUUUCUUAAAAUUCCAGGAUGCAGAAGAAAUUGCAUCUGAGGAUAUUGCAGAUGCAUUUGCACAAAUGUAUGAAAAGAAGAGGUAUAAUGAGAUCUUUUUUAUGAUUGAUACUUGCCAAGCAAAUACUAUGUACUCUAAAUUUUAUUCUCCAAAUAUUUUGGCCGUUGGAUCUAGUAGAUUCGAAGAAAGUUCUUACUCACAUCAUUCAGAUGUGGAAAUUGGUGUUGCUGUCAUUGAUAGGUUUACUUAUUACACAUUAGAGUUUAUGGAAACUAUUGAAAAGGAUUCCAGUUUAACAUUACAAGAUUUAUUCGAUUCCUACACUUUUGAAAAAGUUCAUUCUCACGUCGGUGUCAGGACAGAUCUCAUAGAGAGGGAUCCAAAAGAAAUAUUAAUUACUGAUUUCUUUGGUAAUGUUCAAAAUAUGAUACCUGAUAAUAAUGAAAACUUUUUGGAUGCUAAGAUGAGAGACUCUAAUAAUAUUAUUGAUCUUUCCAUAGAAAAAGGGUCUUACAUCAAACAAGAAAGUCAGAAUGGAAAAAAAAUCAAUAAUACUUUUACAAAAGUACUAGGUAACAGUGAGUUUAAUGUUAUGUCAGAUGAAUCUAGUAGCUAUUCGUCCCUGGUUGGAUUGGGUGCAUUCGCCUUGAUUGUUCUCUCAGUCUUGUUAUCAAAAUAA